CCUAGUCCUACUAACCCCAACCAAGCCGCCCCUCGGAGCCUUAUUUAAGGACCCUCUAACCUCUCGUAUCAAAUGUGCAACUCCCUCUUGCCAUCCCACAACCUCUCUUCCUUUUGAACAAGUUCCAAAAUGGCUGGAUGCACUUCUAUAGCCUUGGCCGCUCUUCUCCUCAUGAGUUGUGCAACAUGGGGCUCGGCCACCAAAUACACCGUCGGCGAUUCAUCGGGUUGGACGACGAACGUCAAUUACAAUACUUGGACCAGUGGCAAAGACUUCAUCGUUGGUGAUAGCCUCUUGUUCAACUUCGCGACCGGGGCUCACACCGUCACGGGGGUGAGCUCGAGCGACUACAAUUCCUGCUCAUCGAGCAACGCCAUCAGCUCUGUGACCAAUGGGCCAGCAACCAUCGAACUCAACACGACGGGCACACGCUACUACAUCUGCGCCAUAGCCGGUCACUGCAACCUAGGAAUGAAGCUGGAAGUCACCGUCCGAUCAUCAUCCCCCGGCUCGCCUUCCACGCCCCCACCUCCACCCAGCUCCACCACGCCGACAGCCAGCCCACCCCCCCCCACCACCACCGGCAACAACUCCGCCGCUCCAGCUGGCCUUGUGCCGGCCUCGGCGAUGGUGUCGCUCACCGGAUUGGUGGUGCUGCUCUUCUAGUCCUGCAGGCCAGGGUGGAGACAGUGCACUUAUGCUCUAUUGAGUCAUUUCUUGUAUGUUAGGUGGCUGGUAUUAUUGUGUUAUUGGGAGAAUGCUUUUGCAGCGUGGUGGUUAUUUAUGUAGUAUUAAUUAGCAUGAAUAUAGUGUCAUUUGAGUGUGAUAGGUUGGUGCAAAUUGGAACAGCUGGCAUGAUGAUUUCAGGGAUAUUAUUCU